AUGUGGCUCUACCUGGUGGCCCUGGUGGGCCUGUGGACGCUCCUGCGCUUCUUCAGAGAGAGGAAGGUGGUGAGCCAUCUCCAAGACAAGUAUGUCUUCAUUACGGGCUGUGACUCGGGCUUUGGGAACCUGCUGGCCAGACAGCUGGACAGGAGAGGCAUGCGGGUGCUGGCUGCAUGUCUGACAGAGAAGGGAGCCGAGGAGCUGAGGAGAAAGACAUCUGACAGGCUGGAGACAGUGAUCCUGGAUGUCACCAAGACGGAGAGUAUUGUGGCAGCCACUCAGUGGGUGAAGGAGCGUGUUGGGGACAGAGGACUCUGGGGCCUUGUUAACAACGCUGGCAUCUCCAUCCCCUCGGGUCCCAAUGAGUGGAUGAACAAACAGGAUUUUGCAAGUGUACUGGAUGUGAACCUGUUGGGUGUGAUCGACGUGACUCUGAACAUGCUGCCCUUAGUGAGGAAGGCGAGGGGCCGUGUGGUCAACGUCGCCAGCGUCAUGGGCCGAGUUUCUUUGGUUGGUGGUGGUUACUGCAUCUCCAAGUAUGGUGUAGAGGCCUUCUCAGACUCACUCAGGAGGGAGCUCUUCUAUUUUGGGGUGAAGGUGGCUAUUAUAGAGCCUGGUUUCUUCCUGACUGAGAUAACCAGUAGUGCCAGAUUAUCCUCAAACAUCCAGAUGUUGUGGGACCACACCAGCUCAGAAAUCAGGGAGAUCUACGGCGAGAAAUACCUGGCAUCCUAUCUGAAAAAGCUAAACAAAUUGGAUGAGAUGUGCAACAAGGACCUGUCUUUGGUGACUGACUGCAUGGAGCACGCUCUGACUGCCUGUCACCCUCGCACCCGAUACUCAGCUGGCUGGGAUGCCAAGCUCUUCUACCUCCCCUUGAGCUACCUGCCCACCUGUCUUGUGGAUGCCCUUCUCUACUGGACUUCCACGAAGCCUGAGAAAGCCCUGUGA